AUGAUAUCGCUGUGGAACAGUUCUUUACAGGAGAAAGCAAGUGAUCUUCAUGGCGACACCUGGAACACUCAAACUGAUCAGACUAUUGUGGAAAACAGUUUAGCUCCUAAUUGGCACCAGUACAUUUCUGGCUCCUUUGCAGAGUUCAGGUGUUCUCUUUGUAGAAGAACCUGGGGGUCUAGUAGAGUGCAGGUGGUGUUUCAUUUCCAUCUGAACACAGCAAGCAGACAGGGAACCAUUAAACUACGAUGCUACAAACAGGAGUGUAGGACGUGCAAUGAAGCUCAGUGGGAGGAUCCAAACUUCCCAGUAGAAAACAUUGAUGUGCUGGUUGAGAGACUAGUUCAAAAGAUCCGCAGGAAAUGCUAUGGAGAAGACCUGGGUGAAGCAAACAGAUCCUCAGUGUUUGGUGGAAGAUUUAAUCGGCCACAUGAAAGUGCUCACUGUGAAGCCUGUCGGCUUGGCAUCUGCAGUCAAGCCAACUGA